AGCCUUCACUAAACACUUCAACCAUUUUCUUUCUUUUUUUUCACUGAAACUGAAGAGUGAGACUUCUAAUAAUUUCUCUCACACAUAAAAAUUUGAAGAAAAAAAAAGAGAGAAAGAAGUUAAAGUUAUUUCUUUUUAGUCUGUUUCAAAAAAACGAGUGAGAAAAAAGAAAAAUGGGCAGAGCACCUUGUUGUGAGAAAACGAGCUUGAAGAAAGGGCCAUGGGAUCACGAAGAAGAUCAAAUUCUCAUCUCUUACAUUAAUAAAAAUGGUCAUAGCAAUUGGCGUGCGCUCCCUAAACAAGCUGGAUUAUUGAGAUGUGGAAAAAGUUGCAGAUUGAGGUGGAUGAAUUAUUUGAGUCCAGAUAUAAAGAGGGGAAAUUUCACCAAAGAAGAAGAAGAUAAUAUCAUCAAUUUACAUGAAAUUCUUGGCAAUAGAUGGUCAGCAAUAGCAGCAAGAUUACCGGGAAGAACAGAUAAUGAAAUAAAAAAUAUUUGGCACACCCACUUGAAGAAAAGGCUAAAAGAUUAUCAGUCUCCUCAAAGCUUCAAAAGACACUCCAAAAAAAUUAAUCAAAUAAAUAAUUGCAUACAUGCUCCUAACUCACCAGAAAUAUCGUCUAGCGAGACGUCAGUCAUGACAACCGAUUCAUCAUCAAUUGCCACUUUUGAUACAACGAUCGACGAUCAAGUAGUGAUUAACCAGGAAGAAAUGGACUCAUCGGAGUAUUUUGCUAAGAUCGAUGAGAGUUUUUGGACAGACGAAUUAGCGACAGAGAACAACUUCAAUUUUGUUACUACUAUGGAUGGUGAAGAAUUUCAAAGCUUAGACAUAUUUAAUAGUACAACAAUUAUGGAGGAUGACAUUGACAUGGACUUUUUGUUCAACUUUUUCAUAAAGACUGAGGAAUUUUCAGAAUUACCAGAACUUUGAGGGGUCAAUUUUGGGUUUCAUCAUAAAUUGAGAGUAUGACAAGUUUGAAAUUUUUUUAUGUGUUUUUUCUUGACCAUUAAAUAUGGGGAGGACCACCAAAUUCUUUUAUUAUUUUAUUUAUUUUGAGAUUUGAACUUCUUUGUUUUUAGUUUUAACAUAUAGUAAUCAGUAGAUAGUGGAAAAUACAAUAUUGGCAUGUGAAAUAAUGCUAAUUAUACAGAUAGAGACAUAUUGAGGGACCUUAUGUAUGAAAAAAAUAUUUAAAUCUAUUGAUCGGUCAUGUCAUAUAGGCCCAACCAAGUUAGACAUUCAAUUACUCUGAUAUCCGUAGAAUGCAAUACUUGAUAUAUGAAUUAGAAAAAUGAACAAUCAAACAUAUUUCUCGAUUCACUC